AUGGCUUCGGGAGACGAAUCAGGAGGAAAGGAGAAAAAGAAAAACCCGAAACCAGAGGUACGCGCCAAGAAUGAACCAGAUAUUUCGAAGGAAUUAGCUGUCAAACAUCCAUUACAAAAUAAAUGGGCUUGGUGGUUUUAUAAGAAUGAAAAGGGUAAAACCUGGGAAGCAAAUCUGAGACUUAUAACUACAUUUGAUACUGUCGAGGAUUUUUGGGCGAUAUACAACCAUAUAAAGAAUGCAGCAAAAUUACAGUCUGGUUGUGAUUAUAGUGUUUUUAAGGAUGGCAUAAAACCGAUGUGGGAAGAUGAAAGGAAUAAACUUGGUGGUCGUUGGCUAAUCAAUAGUAAUAGGACUCAACGUGCAGACUUAGACAGGAUAUGGUUAGAAACGCUAUUAUGCCUAGUUGGUGAAGCUUUUGAUGACUAUUCAGAUCUAGUAUGUGGUACCGUAGUUCAGAUACGACCUAAGAUGGACAAACUAGCAGUAUGGACAGGAAACGCUAAGGAACAACAAGCUAAUAUAACAAUAGGAAGGGUUAUUAAAUCACGAUUACAAAUUUCUGGUAAAGCAUCUAUUGGUUUUCAGACACAUGCAGACACGAUGGUAAAGACUGGUUCAACUACUAAGAACCUAUAUACCGUUUGAUGUUGGGUGAAAGCUGAAUAUAAACCUAGGCCAAAUAUAUAUUUAAGACGAAGCCACGGAAACCAUCAAUAUCGUUUGCCUUGGCAAAAUAAUAUUAACUGAGGCACAUAAAUUUUAAUCCGUUUUCUUCCACAUAAACUAGAGUUGACGAGAGUUGCAUUGAACAU